AAAAAAAAAAACAGAAAGAAGAACAUGCAAAGAACAUGGCAUCUCCAUGUCGUAAGCUUUAUAGGAUUUCUCUCUCUCCUUAGAAUAUUUUUUCCUCUACUGAAAUGGUUCACCACCAGAUUCCUCCUCACAAACCCCAAGCGGCUCAAGCGUUACGGCUCGUGGGCUAUGGUCACCGGAGCCACAGACGGAAUAGGACGCGCCUUUGCUCACGAGCUGGCCAAACACGGUCUUAACCUUAUCCUAGUCAGCAGAAACCCUUCGAAGCUCGCUUCUGUCUCCGAUGAUAUCCAACGAGAGUUUCCUCACAUCAAGAUCAAGAUCAUUCCCUUUGACUUCUCCUCUGGAGGAGGAUUUGGAGUAAUUGAGGAGGGGAUCAAAGGCGUUGAAGUUGGGAUUCUGAUAAACAACGUUGGGGUAACUUAUCCACGAGCCAUGUUCUUCCACGAGGUUGACCAACUCACAUGGACCAAAAUCCUGAGGGUCAAUCUUGAAGCCACCACUUGGGUCACAAGAUCUCUCAUCGGGCCAAUGCUUCACCGCCGCCGAGGAGCCAUUGUCAAUAUUAGCUCCGGCGCCGCCGUUGUUGUUCCUUCUCAUCCUCUGUACGCCAUUUACGCCGCCACCAAAGCGUAUGUUGAUAAACUAUCAACAUCUCUACAUGUGGAAUAUAAGCAUUUUGGCAUCGACGUCCAGUGCCAGGUACCGUUAUACGUGGCAACGAAGAUGGUGUCAGAAGUAGCAGCUAUAGAUAAACCAAGCUUCUUUAUACCGUCGCCGGAAGUCUACGCAAAAGCGGCAGUUGAGCAGAUCGGAAUUGGAUCACGAUGCUCGCCGUUUUGGGCUCAUUCCCUUCAGUGGUUUCUCGCCGGGCUUUUGCCAGAGAGACUCCUUGAUACUUGGCGUCUCUCUAUCGGCCUUCGUAGGAGAAGUUUAUCUUAAUUAGCUUCAUCAUAUUUUAAGCUCUUAAAACCUAUUUAUACUUAUUCUCUGUUUACUUUCUUUUGCUAAGAACUCUUUCUCGUAGGUUGUUUAGUAACUAUAUUACAUAAAUAGCACUCUUCCGCAAAUUGGAAGCUCUUUCACUUGCAGUCCAAGAAAAAUUAGUGCUUCUCAGUUUUCCAAGUUGUUAUUCUUUCGUGACUCAACUAGGUUUCUUUUGUUACUCAGAUCUUUCAAGAUUGUUAUCGUUUCAUUUUGAUACCAUGAG